AUGCCAAUCCUCCCCUUCUCCUUCUCCCUGCGGCCACGCCGCCAACAACGAACCUCCUCCAUCUCGUCGCUAGACACCUCACCGCCACCAUCCCGUCAAUCCACCUUCUCCUCCACCAGCGAUUCCACCACCUCUUCCACCUUCUCCACCUUUUCUUCCUCCUGCGACGCAGAGAAAUGCGACCGCACCUGCGGACGCGACUACCACUACCGUGACCCCGUGGCAGGAGAGGAGUGGGAGAUGGGCACCAUCACCGCCCGCAAAGCCCGCGUCCUACUGCCAUCUUCCCUGCGCGAACAACAAGCUCACCAGCGGAGAAGAAGAGGUUCGACCGUGGAGAAGCGGAGGGAAGGAGGGGAGGUGGGCGAGGAGAAGGAGAAGCAAAAGGAAGCCGCCAAGGUGUGGAGGGAAUGGUGGAUUUGA